AUUUCAUUGUUGUGAGGUAUAACCUCAAGAGUUAAAAUGGUUGAGAAUAAGAGCUCUAUUCAAAGAGAAGGGGUUUACCGCUGGUUUUCAGUGUUAAGCUCAGCACAAAGGGCCGAGUUCUUAUGUGGGCUCCUAGACCUUUGUGUACCCAUUGAGCUGCGCUUCCUCGGAUCAUGUCUGGAGGAUCUAGCCCGCAAGGACUACCACUCUCUUAGAGAUGCAGAGAUAAAAGCUAACAAUCCCGCUGAUCUCGCCAACCUUACCAACAUCACGGAUGAAGUUGUGCGGAGUAAACUGCUGAUAUCUCUCGCUCUUCUCACGUCGGACAAUCGCGAGGCGGCAGGAGUCCUGUUCCGAACUCUCACGCACAUUGACACCAUCAUAAACAACUACGGCCUUCAGCUAAACGACGGCCAAAUGGGGGAGCAGUUUCUGCUUCUGUUUACCAUGGCGUCCAACCAUCCAGCGUUCAGCUUUCACCAAAAGCAGGUGCUCAGGCAGGAGCUGACGCAAAUCCAGGAGAUCCUACAAGUCACCUGUGGCGAGCCACCGUAUGGGGGCGGGGGUGGUCCUGCCGCACUGGGAGCACUCACUGCCACCCCAACCUAUAUUACUUCAGCCCUCACAUCUUGCCACACAGGAUGUCCAGGUUGCCAAAAGCCUUUGCAGCGAGAGAUCACGUCAGGUCGGGUGGAUGAGGGUUCAGGGUCAGAGGUCAUGGCUCCAACCCUGACGGCCCCCUCCUGCCAGGAAAUGCCAGUCAAGGUACACAUUGGGAAACCCAACAAAGUGAACGUGGAAAGAAUAGAAGUGAGAGGUGUAACACAUAAGGCAGACAAAGCCACUGAGUACAUGCUUGAGGUCCUGUGGUCUGACUCUACCGUUUCAACUGUGGGCAAAACUCCGCAGGAGCUGUUGGAGCUGGUCUCUCAGGUCUCUCAGCUCUUUCCUGAUGAGUGUUUGGAGAAAUACCUCCCCCCGUCGCCAGGCCUUGAUGCCACUCACGAGCUGGACCCCAGGUGCCUGACAACCUUCCCACCUCACGUUCUCAAACACGACAAAGUCCGACUCUUUUUCAGCUGUUCAAGCACACCUCAGCUCUCUGCCAGCGCAAGUAUGGGCUGUCUGCUACAGUACAGAGGACCCAGCAGGGCGGUUUGUGGUGUUGCCAGUAUCCAGCCUGUUAUGAGUGUUCCCACACCUAUACAACAAGGCUCCCCCACACACCUGCCACCUCUUCUGCCCCAGGGCAAUGUGUCCAUCCUGCCCCCCACCACCAUCAGCACCACCAUAGGAGACACUGCCCCACCUCCAGCACACCACCCUAACCCCACCCCUCAGACGCAGCCCAGCCCGGAGCAGAACAGCAUCCUGGACUGGCUCCGAAAACUACGCCUGCACAAAUACUACCCUGUGUUCAAGCAACUUACCAUGGAGGAGUUUCUGGCUCUCACAGAAGAAGAUCUGAACAAAUAUGACCUCACACAGGGAGCCAAGAAGAAACUGAAGACUCAGUUAGAGCUGCAGAAGGAAAAGUUGGAGAAGAGGUAUGUGGGUUCCUGUGGUGGGGUUGCCAGGGUAACCCCCUCCAGCCACGUUGGCCCCCUGGCACACACACCCACCAGCAGCAGCACAGAGUUGCGUGUAGAUGUGGAGACGGGAUCCCUGCCUAUUCCGCGGGAUAGCAGUUCCUCCUCCGGAUACUCCAGCGCUCCCUCCAGCCCCAUGACUCCUCUGUCACGUGACGUUGCCUCCUUUGAUCGAGUCAAAGACCCUCACAGACGCAUGGAGCCUAGUUCGGACCCUGCUGACAAGGACCGUACGUGUGUCCUGCUGAACCCGGCUGUAUCCACUGGACCUAGUAGGCCCACUGCACAGGUCCUCCCUGUCCAGAACGACCCCUCCCUCUCCCCCUCCCACUUGAACAUAGCUCCUCCCUCACUGCCCCUGUUGUCUCAGAAUAGGGUCCUUAGCUCCCCUCGUAAACCGCGCCCGCCCCCUCUUUGUCCGGAGGAGCGGUCCAAGCCCAUGGGCUCUGGGGUGGCUGUAGGAGUGCGUCUGGAGAACCUCUUCCCUGGCCUGAGUCUUGACGGCUCCCACACCGUGCGUCCAGACGUGACCGGCUCCCGCGGGCCUGUGACGGUGCUGCGUUCCCCACCGGGCUUGAUGGUGGAGACCAGCACCGCCCUCACAUCCACCUCCAACACCCUUCAUCACGUCUCUCAUCCUCCUCUUCACCUGCAGGUGUCACCCUCCCUCGCCCGUACAGGACAUUACCCUUUCCCUUCCUCCUGUUCAGCCCCUUCCUCAACCACUAACUCUAAACCAACCUUCCCGUCCGUCAGUGGUGUUCCCAUGGUGACUAGCAACAGUGUCCCCAUGGCAGCGGUACCUGGCAACAGCUAUUGCAUCAACAGCAGUCCGGCUGUUACACCCAGCUCCAGCCCUGCGUCAACGGAGAUCACCGGCUACGGUUCGGCCCCCAGUUCUAACUCCUCUCCGUCCUCUGUGUGUGUGUGUAGCUCCUGUGGAUGUAGCGGGAACUGCGGUUCCUACGGGGCCUUGCCGGCUAGCUACGCCGGCUACUUCCCCCACCCUUUCUCUGGCACGUCCGUCUUCACCUUGGGGCCACUGCUCCACCUCAGCCCCUUGCUGACAGGGAGUGGCACGGCGUCACCCUUUUCCUAUCCCCUGGUAGCCCCACCCAUCUACAACAGCAGCUUAUCACACGAAACCCAGCAACAGGGGAUUGUGUUACCCCCUAUGCAAGGGUUCUUGGGAGGCGGAACGAAUGUUUAUCAGCCCCACGGAAUCGUGGGUAACGGCGGCACAGGGCACAAGAAAGCUGGGAACAUCUCCUGCUACAACUGCGGAGUGAGCGGCCACAGAGCACAAGACUGCAAGCAGCCACCCAUGGACUCAGCUCAGCAAGGAAUGUUCCGUCUGAAGUACGCUCCUCAGUCAGACAGCCAGGACUCGGGGGACUAGAUGGUGAGAUUUGUGGGGUCUUCUGCAUCUAAAACCCCCUCAGUAUAUAAAUCCACCCUUUAAAGGGGAGCCUACAGAGAACAAACCCUUUGAGUAUUGGUGGAUACUGAGGCAUCCAUUUAUUGAAUUCCCUAGCCUAUGCUUUUCAAUAGCAGUGGCUGAGCUGGAAAUGGAAGAUAUGUGAUUCUCAAGUUAGAGAGAAUAAAGUGAUACGUUAUCCACUGAGGAGGCACGCUGGUGGAUAUAUGUUUUAAGCCACACGAAGAAGACAGGCUCUUAAGCUCAGUGGGGUGAGGAUGUAGAGCUCAUUAAAGGAACAUUCACCAUAGAGAAGAAACUGGGUUGAACUUAAAUGCAGUUCAUCCAGUCCUCAUACCACUCGGAUCACCUUUCACCUUCUCAAAAUGGACCAGGUCCAGGUGAGGCUACAUGCUCAAAAUUUUGGGAAAAAAACAAAUAAACAAACAAACAAAACCCCUGAACUCUUAAAGACAGGAGAACAAAGACUUGGAUCUGUCCUGCUUGCCAAAUAAUGCAUAAGAAUGCCAAAUCCUUUGCUCUUUUCUGACACGAAACGUUGCAAGAUGACGGAAAGGAGACACUGCCAUUUUUCUUUUUCUUUUUUUUGUUUUAGAGAUUGAGUUGCCUGGCAACAUGAAGGAAGCGGAAAGCAGAUACAGAAUUUUUACUGUAAUGAUGCCAGUUUUCAGAUGAA